CUGGUCGGAAAAAUCCCCGGUAGCCGCUUGUCGGGCAUUUUCCCGCUGUCGAGCGCCACAGACACGUUCAUGUACAUUGCUCAUGCGAGCACUCUCUACAUAUAUGAAGCUCAAACAUGAUCAUUACUACGACACAGCAAGCUCGACAAUCACUCUGAACAUCUCAGCUUCGCCAUAGUCGACAAUCACAAACAUGGUCCAUUCAACUGAGAAGGAGACACACGUUACCGAAAUGCCCCAGAACUCUUCCCGUGACGACCUCGAGUCGCCUAAAGAGGCAGGCUUCAUUGAAGACUCUGAAGUCAAGGGAUAUGUUGACCCCGGUCUUCAGCUCGAAGAGGCUGAGAACAAACGGUUACUGAGGAAGAUCCAUUGGCAUCUGCUUCCCGUUAUGUGCAUUGCCUACAUUGCACAGUCACUCGACAAGGGAACUCUUGGCACCUCAUCAAUUAUGGGAUGGCAGAAGGACGUUGGCGCGAAGGGCCAGGAUUAUGCUCUUACGUCCACUUUCCUUUGGGCGGGUGUCAUUGUCGGCGAGCCGAUCAUCAACCAACUCAACCGUCGCUUUCCUAUUGCAAAGGUUCUUGGAUUCUCCAUGUGCAUGUGGACUGCCCUCGUCUUCGCUCUUGGUUUCACCAAAAAUGUCUCUGGAGUCUGGGCCAUUCGUUUCUUCCUCGGUAUGUUUGAGGCUGCUUUCGCACCUUGCUUGCUCGCCAUCACUGUUCAGUGGUACCACAAGAAGGAGCAAGCUAUGGUCACCACAGUCUGGCAAGCCGCAUAUGCCUUGGCCAGUGGCUUUUCUUCCUUGAUGGGUUAUGCGUUCAUUAAUGUUAAGAACUCCCCCGGAAAUCUCCACGGAUGGCAAUGGCUUCAUAUCCUCGUCGGUAUCCUCUCUGCUAGCUCUGCCGCCAUCAUCCUGAUCUUCCUGCCCGACUCUCCUACCAAGGUCAAAUGGGCUACCGAGGAAGAGAAAGUCAAAUUUGUCGAGCGUGUCCGCGAGAACGACCAGGGAGUCCAGGCCAAGCGAUUCAAGUCAGACCAAGUCAGGGACGCUCUCACCGAUCCUCUGUCCUGGCUCCUCGUCCUUAUGAUCCUCCUCCAAACCCUCGUCAACGGCGGUAUCUACACCUUCAAUGCCAUUCUCAUCAACAAAGCGUUCGGCUUCGACGCCGCCACCGCCCAGCUCCUCGGCAUCCCCCUCAAUGCAUUCACUGUCAUGCUCUACUUCCUCAUCGGCUGGGCCGUCACCAAGACCCGCCAGACAAUCUACUGCAUCAUCGCCGCCCUCUUCGUCAACUUGAUCGGCACGAUCGUCCUCAUCACAGUCGCGCCCACGCCAACCACCCGCGGAGGCCUCCUCGUCGCAUUCUACCUCAUGCAGUGCAUCCAGGCCAUCAACCCCUCCUGCUACUCCCUCCUAUCCCUCAACGUCGCUGGCCAGACCAAGAAAUCCAUCGUCUACGCCCUCUUCUUCGUCGCAUGGGCCGGAGGCAACGCAACCGGUCCCCAGCUCUUCCAAGCGAAAUGGGCGCCCCGUUACUUCAACACGCUGUACAUCCACAUCGGACUCUACAUCGCGAUGACGAUCACCCUUCUCGUCAUGCGCCUUGUUAUCGUCAGAAGGAACGCCGAGCGCGACGCGCAGCUCGUAGGAGAGAAUGUGCAUGCUCGUGCGUUUGAGGACAAGACUGAUAGGCAGAACCCUGAGUUUAGGUAUUCGUACUAG